UCUCCUUCCUUUGAGUUCUAGGCUCCACUAACAUCACUAUAUUAUAUCCACUCAAAAACAUCCCUCUCUUUGCGGCCGUAUCUCCGCACCAACCACCCAAACCGCCACCCCACCCCACCAUCCCGACGCCACAGUCCGCCGGAAAUGGUUGCAAUAUAUCCCUCUUCAGUUCUUCCCGGAUUCCAAAUUCCCGGGCGAAGUUUCAGUUUUUGAAAUUUGGGGUUUUAACACAAGCUCUUUGCGUAACCGGUAACACCACAGUUCUGGAUGCACACGCGACUGUAAAAUAGCAGAAACACUGACUAACCUAUACAGAACAAGCAUUGGUUCAUAUCUCAUGAGGGUGCUUCAAAUGCCCCAACUUGUAAGACAUGGUCCAUUUCAAACUCACCCAUGUUACUACACUUCACAUGUAUCUUCAAGAUUACCACUAUGUUUCGUUUCAUUCAAUUCUUCAGGCUAUCCUGCAAAUGACAUCAAGAGCGGUAGUAACAACAAUAACAACUUGAUUCAAUCAUUAUGUAGAGGAGGCAAUCUUAAACAGGCUGUUGAGCUUUUGCGUAGCGAGGUUAACCCGACUCAAAAGACUUUCGAGCUUUUGAUAUGCUCUUGUGUGGAAGAGAAUUCUCUUUCGGAUGGGUUUCAUGUUCAUGGAAGACUUGUUGGCUGUGGUUUUGAUCAAGACCCGUUUUUGGCUACUAAACUUAUUAAUAUGUAUUGUGAUUUAGGGUCUGUUGAUCACGCGUAUAAGGUGUUUGAUGAAACGCGGGAAAAGACUAUCUUUGUUUGGAAUGCGAUGUUUCGUGCAUUGGCGAAGGUGGGUUGUGGUGGGAAGUUGUUGGAUUUGUAUUGUGAGAUGAAUUGGAUUGGGGUUCGGUCGAAUAGGUUUACGUAUACUUAUGUUCUUAAAGGUUGUGUUGUUUCGGAGAUGUCGAUUUGUCCUCUUCGGAAGGGUAAGGAGAUUCAUGCUCAUAUUCUGAGACAUGGCUAUGAAGGGCAUGUUCACAUUAUGACGACAUUGUUGGAUGUAUAUGCUAAGUUUGGUUGUAUAUCGUAUGCAAGUUCUGUGUUUGGUGCGAUGCCGGUAAAGAAUAUUGUCUCGUGGAGUGCGAUGAUUGCGUGUUAUGCGAAGAAUGAAAUGCCUGUGAAAGCGUUGGAACUUUUUCAGGUAAUGAUGCUUGAGGCGUGUGAUAAAGUUCCGAAUCCAGUUACUAUGGUGAGUGUGCUUCAAGCUUGUGCAAGUCUUGCUGCAUUGGAACAUGGAAAGUUGGUUCAUGGCUAUGUCCUACGAAGGGGUCUUGAUUCUAUACUCCCGGUUCUUAACACACUUAUAGUAAUGUAUGGAAGAUGCGGUGAGAUUUCGACGGGACAGCGAGUGUUUGACUAUAUGAAGAAACGUGAUGUUGUUUCGUGGAAUUCUUUGAUUUCUAUUUAUGGUAUGCAUGGUUUUGGAAAGAAAGCCAUCCAAAUAUUUGAAAGUAUGAUCCACCAAGGUGUUUCGCCGAGCUACAUAUCGUUUAUUACUGUUUUGUGUGCUUGCAGCCACGCGGGCCUUGUUGAUGAGGGAAAGAUUUUGUUUGAAUCCAUGCUUAAUAAGUACAGAAUCCAACCAAGUAUGGAACAUUAUGCUUGUAUAGUGGAUCUUCUUGGCCGAGCUAAUAGGUUAGACGAAGCAAUCAAACUAAUCGAAAAUAUGGAUAUCAAACCAGGACCUACGGUCUGGGGUUCUCUUCUAGGAUCUUGUAGGAUUCACUGUAACGUCGAGCUCGCCGAGAGAGCGAGCUCUAUGCUUUUUAAGUUGGAGCCUACGAAUGCCGGCAAUUACGUGCUUUUAUCAGAUAUUUACGCAAAAUCUGGGAUGUGGAAUGACGUUCGGCGUGUAAGGAAAAAAUUGGAAUCGCGCGGCCUGCAAAAGAUUCCGAGUUACAGCAGGAUUGAAGUCAAAAGGAAGAUAUACUCACUUGUCUCCCUCGAAGAGUACAAUCCACAAAUUGAAGAGCUUCGUGCUUUCCUAGUUACAUUGUUAACCGAGAUCAAGAAUGAGGGUUACGUGACGCAGACAAAUGUUGUUAAUUACGAUCUUGACGAAGAAGAGAAAGAAGUCAUUUUAUUAGGACAUAGCGGGAAGCUUGCGGUCGCUUUUGGACUCAUUAACACUUCAAAAGGCGAAACCAUUAGGAUUACAAACAACUUGAGAUUGUGUGAAGACUGUCAUGGUUUUAUGAAGUUUGUUUCAAAGUUUGUUAACAGAGAGAUUCUUCUUAGAGAUGUGAAUAGGUUCCACUGUUUUAGAGAUGGAGUUUGUUCCUGUGGUGAUUAUUGGUAGUUGUUGGCAGAAGAAUAGUACCAUGUAGCUAAAAACCUUAUGAGAGUAAUUCUAAUAUAGUGACAGAAUUUGAAUGAUGCCAUGGUUCCUAACACAACAAAGCUCUAGUUGAGUUGUUCUGUAAAUUUUGUCUCUUUUUAUUACGAUACAUCAAAGUUACGUUAGUUUGCUGUA